UCAACACUAUUGUUCUUUUACCAUGACUAGAAAGAAGGUGAAACUUGCUUUCAUAGUCAAUGAUACUGCUAGAAAAGCAUCAUAUAACAAAAGGAAAAUGGGUUUUUUGAAGAAGGUUGAAGAAUUAAGCAUUCUCUGUGGAAUUGAUGCAUGUGCCAUAGUAUAUGGUCCUUACGAGCCACAACCAGAUAUUUGGCCAUCCCCUUUGGGGGUACAAAAUGUGGUCUUCAAAUUCAGAUCAAUGACUGAAUUGGAGCAUAACAAGAAGAAAUUCAAUCAAGAGGAUUACUUGAAGCAAAGAGUUUCGAAGGCCCGAGAUCAACUUAUGAAACUGAAGAGAGCUAAUAUGGAGAACGAGAUGAAAUUGUUCAUGUAUAAAUCUCUUCAAGAAAAUGAAAUCAUGUUCCAAAAUUUAUCAAUGGAGGAAUUAAAUGUUCUUUUUUGGUUGAUUGACCAAAAUUUAAAGGACAUUGGUGUAAGAAUAUUGGAAGCAAGUCAAAUCAUAUCUGCUCCAAGUCCAGGCCAACUUCAAAUGGCACCACCACCGCAGCUGGCGGCACCAACAACAACAAGGAUGGAUCAUGGUGGUCAAACUGGGAUGACACUGAAUGAUGCUGAUAUCAUUCAACGGCAGCUGGAUAUGGACUUGAUGCUGAAUGGAAAUCUUCAUGAUGAAAAUGGGCCUAAUAUGCUUCCUUGA